AUAAAAUUUUAAUUUUUCAAUGAAGUAUGGAUAUAUAUGAAGAAAAGUUUUCUGCAAAUAACACAUGGUGUAUUGAUGAUCUAGAUGGAGGACUUGCAGUUGAUCUUUUAAAUCUACAAUGCGUUAGACAGUCGACACAACUAAUAGAUGACCACAAUCCUGCAUAUGACAUGACUGAAGUGCUUGAACUACCAAUAUUCAAACAUGCUGAUCUUGAUAGUCGUGAACUACUUCAAUCUCUUCAAAGUUCAUUACAAGAAUCUUCUAAUGGUUCUUUUAAUAAAGUGUUUCAAUCAUCAAGCUUGGAAACAAACCCAUUAACCCGAUUUUAUAAUGAAAAUAUUUACACAAUAAUUAUGAAAGCACCUACUGCACCUGGUAGAAAAGUUGAAGAAGAAACUUUAACAUGGCUCAAUCAAGGGCAACCUUAUGAAGUUAUUAUACAGACUUCUGAAGAUGAAAAAAAAAAAAUAAUUCCUGGUAAAAUGGCAGAGGUAGUUUUAAGUAUUGGUUUUCAUGAGCGUCAACAUCAAUACUUUGAAAGUGAAAAGUACGAAGAGUGGCUAACUAAUAGACCAGAUGUGAAAAUGAUUGAGUUAGACAUGCCUAUGUCUCUUGGAGUUUAUAAUCCUGUUUAUGUUGGCCAGUAUACUAAAGAAAUAGAAUUUAAAUGGGAUCCCUCUACUGAUGCUCAUUUUUUCAUAAAAGUCAACUGCCUGAGUUCGGAAUUUACUAAAACCAAGAGUGGAGAAAGUGGUGUUGUCCUUCGUUUGCAACUUGACAUACUUGGUUUUGAUUUUCCACAUAAAGAACCAAAGUAUUCUGCUGGUUGUCAGAUUAAAGUUUUUCGUGCAAAAGGGGCCAACCGUAAGCUAAAGCUGGAAAGAGAAAAACAUGAUUGUUUAUCAAAAGAAGAAUCAGCACUGUUGCAACCAUCACAGGAUAUAACUGUAUUUACAAAGCUUGAUGAGAGUAAACGAAUGAGGCGGUUUAAUUCAGAAACACCUAUAAAAAAAGAGGGUUGGUCUCCCAAUGUAUCGCCUACUUAUACAUGCAAUACUUUUUUUACUGGAUCAUCGCAAUUUGAAAGUUGUAACAGCAGCUUAGCUUCGACACCUGGUGUUGCAUCCCCUUUACCUACCUUAACAGCAAGUAGCACUGUUGAAGAAACAGAAACUUGGCUCCGAUAUAACCGAUUCCAAAAGUACUGCAGCUGUUUUGCUAAUUUUACUGGUGAUGAUCUGUUACGUUUAAGUCGAAGUGAUCUAAUUCAACUGUGUGGACCUGCUGAUGGAAUUCGUUUAAAUAAUACAUUGCAAGCUCGAGCUAGUCGACCUCUUUUAACCAUUUAUGUAUCUCCAGAAUGUCAUCAAAGUGAUACUGGUAUGAGAGAAUACCAUGCUAUGUUUUUGGAACAACUUACAGUUGAAGAUCUCAAACGAAAAAUUGCAAAAAAAUGUUGCAUUAAAGAAGAUUGCAUAUUAUCCAUUGUCAAGCAAGGACCAACUGGAAUACAUAUACAUGUAGAUGAUGAGGUUAUACGAAACUUUGCUGAUGAAUCCCACCAUGUUAUGGAGGUCUUGAAAGGGUUCUUGGUUAACAAAAGGCUAGAGAUGGUGUCUUCAUAAAAGGCUAGAGAUGGUGUCUCGAUAAAAAGUGUUCAUCUUGAGCAGGUGUAUAAUCAUGUUACAUCGUUUCCUGCCCAGGACGAAAAAUGCUGGAUCUUCUUAACACUACUUAAAGAUUUUUGCUUACCUAAAAGUACCCAAAAAUAUUAAACAUAAAAAUAUAUCAGUAUCAUCUAUUUGUUUUAACUCUUCUAAAAUUUACCAGACUUACUUGCUUUUUGCGAAAUUAUUUUAAUUUCAGCUGUUUCUUCCUCAGAUUUUAGCAUUGAUGGGUAUUAUCCUUUGGUUCGUAAAGACUUUAAUAGUCACAUACUUGGCUCGGGCGUGUACUUGCGCAUCAAUUCACCUGUUUAUUGUGAAAUCAGGUUUGAAUUCUCUGGCAAUUUUGUUUAGUGUUUCCGCUUAGCACUUUUCACUCAAUCCUCUUUCUCUUUGUUCUUUAUUGUUCCCCUUGUUCUCAAGACUGCAUUCUUUUAGAUA